UCAUUUCAUUUAAAAAUGGUCACUUUCGUUUUCUCUCAUCAAAAUACUCUUCAUCUUCAUCAUCAUCAAUAUCCUCGUCCUCUUCUCCGACGUGUAUGUCAUAAUCCGGCAGAGCUGCAUGUAGAUCCCCCGUACGUGUAUCCAACGAACGACCAGAGGUUGAUGCAGCAGGUCCGGUUGGUCCUGUGGGUCCCGUUGGACCAGUUGGUCCGGCAGGUCCUCGUUCACCAGGGAAACCACGUCUGCCGCGACGACCAGGCGGUCCAAUCGGACCGGGAAUACCUGGUCUACCGGGCAAGCCUCGUUGUCCAGUUGGUCCUGGCGGUCCUGCUGGUCCAGGUAAGCCUUCGUCUCCUUUGUCACCACGAUUUCCUUGCAAUCCCGUCUGUCCUGGUGGUCCGAUUGGACCCGGCGGUCCAGGUGCACAAACGCACUGAGGUUGAGAGUACACUAUUGGCUGUUGACGGCCGCCAAGAAGAGCACGUUGCUCAUUAAGGUUGUCUGCUGAACUUAAGCGUCGCUUACCUAUUGUAGUGGGUAAGGCGAUCGCAACCAGAAGAAUUAAGGCUAAAGAAAAUUUAAAAGAAUCAAGAUAUGUCUAUCAAAGAAACUCCUAGUUAAAUUUUGCUUACCGCUGAGUGCACAAGUUGUGAUAUGCAUUGUUGUCCAAAAUUAAACUGAGUUUAAGGUAUGCCAUCCGCAAGUUUAUAUAGAAGGGUUAAAAUUAGUGCGAAAUGAAAAAAAAUUUAAGUUAUGCAAUUUCUAUUAGUAGAUCAGCUAAUAAAGCACGCACAUUUGCAUAUUUCCAAUUUGUCAUAACGGAAUUUUUACGAGCCAUAGACCGUUAGUUCACCCAAUUGAUUGAUUGAUAUGUAGUAUAUUAACAUUUCAAGUCUACGGAGCAGUGAACCCAUAAAAUACGAAAAUAAAUCAGCGAAAUUGCCGAAUAUAUAAAAUAGGCAUUCAUGCGCAGUUACGGCGUCAAACGCUAAUUUGCCAUGAAACUGUUAAUACUGUUCGUCUGUUUUGGAUUCAUCGCUUUGGCUGUUGCCAAUUUCGUUACACAAGUCGGUCCACCAGGCCCGCCAGGUCCGCCGGGCUUACCCGGUCCGCAAGGACCAAAAGGUGAAAAGGCCGAGCGUGGUUCAGAGGGACGUUCUGGUUUGGUCGGUCCUCAAGGAUCACCUGGUCGACGUGGUCACACAGGCAGCCCGGGUCCAGUAGGACCACCAGGUGCACCAGGUUUACGUGGCCCGCGCGGUUAUGUUGGGGAGCGUGGUCCUGAGGGCCCAACCGGACCGACAGGACCCACAGGUCCAACUGGAUAAAUAAUUAAAUUAUUUUUGGUAUCAUAUUGGACAUACAAGUAUUUAACAUGGUGCUUAUAAAAUAAAUUGUUUGAAAAUAAAU